GAAGCGGCUGACAGACAGAGGGGGAGAGACUGGAUUUUGAAUACGGAGAUUGUUAAUGUAGUAGAUGCUGAUGAUAUUCAAACAUAGAAAGCGUCAGCAGAGGAUAGUCAAAGGAAAUAUAGUUAAUAUAAAGCAAUAUUAAAGAAAAGGGAAAAGAAGAGAACACAGACAGAUACAAACUAAUACAUUUUUUUUCUAAGUGGGAUUACCAGAAUUUUCCCUUUUUUCCCAGGCUUCAGACACCUCACUGAGCCCAGUAUCCUCUCUUCCUUCUUUUCCCAACGGAUUCCUCUCCCCAGUGCUCUACUCUCCUCCGGACCCUCCUCCUCACCUUCUCUUGUCCUCUACUUCUCUCGCUUUCUCCGGCUGUUGAGGGACAGUGCCACCAUGGAAACAGGGAGCCCGAGGAAGAUUCAGUUUACCGUCCCCCUCCUGGACACCCACCUGGACCCUGAGGCAGCUGAACAGAUCAGAAGACGGAGACCCACACCUGCCACUUUGGUAGCAUCUAGCGAUCAAUCGUCACCUGAAAUAGACGAAGACCGUCUCCCAAACCAACUGUACAAGGCAGCAUUGUUGAACUCCCCCAGACAGCGGAGGAAAGGACAGAAGGGCACACCAACAAUGAAAGAGUUGCAGUUCCUGGUGGAGCACCACCUGUACAGGCAGCAGCAGGGGGCGGCAGGGGACGAGUGCUCCUCAGAGAGCUGCCUGUCAGACCGGCCAAGCCCUGACUCGGUUCCUGCAGGGGAGGAGCUCCCACAUGAUGAUGAGGUGACUGCUGAGGCCUUUGAGAAGCUUCGCUCCCAAAUGGAAGCAGAGUUCUCUUGGGAGAGUCAACUUGAAGCUGCGAGUGGAAGCGAAUGCCCCGUCUCCAAAGAGGAAGUGGGAUGCUCCGGUGUCUCCAUGGCAGCGGAAUCCACCUCAUUGCAGCUAAACAACAUGCCAAUGGACACAAAAGCAGCAACAUCCAGCAUGGCUCAGUUGGCAGAGGAGAAGACGAAGGAAUCCAGUUUGGAUACGCAGAAAUAGACCCAGCCUUCAGUGCAACAUAAUGCUGCUUAGAUCUGAGCCAGCGCUGCUCGGUGACUGAAGAUUGUGUCCACAGUUUUAGAUACAGGACCAUCAGGGUAUCUUUAUUUCUCUAUGGUCAGGCCUUAGCUACCACCUCAACAACAAUGGGAAAAAAAAAGGUUUGUAACACUUAUUUUGCCUCAGACUCUUUAGCGAAGUUAUGACGGUUUCAUUAUUGUUAAUGUGUUUUCUAUAGCUGUCCCUGCACUAAAACCUUAACUAAGUAUGAGGCAUAGUCUAACAGGCUGUUUGGUAGAUUGGGUGGAAAAAUGAGAGAAUAUUUCUUAUAUCACAAUUGUACACAAUCAUAAUGCUAAAGAAAAAUGACACACAUGCCUAAUGUCCCCUUUGAUGUCCAAAGACAAGACAUGCUCUUAUCUGCUAUCCUUAUAGAUUUUUUUUUUGUUAUUGUUAAAUAUGUGCCAUGACUUUUGCAUUAUUGUUCCAUAUCACAAAGCAAUAACAUGACUCACUUCAUAUAUCACCAUAAUUGGAUGUGUUGCUUAUCAAAUUUAUUUAUUCAUAUUCAAUUUCAGUACACAACAAUCUAAUUUUGCUCUAACCAUUUGAACUAGACUACUCGCUUGUUUGAAAGUUGAAUUAAAUCCGUUGUGUUUCUCCAAAAAUAAACUCAAGAGGACAUUAUUGGGAUUGUAUUACGAAUCAGUUAAUUUUACUCUUAUCACUGAGGGUGAUGUGGCAUGGAACUUUACAGUAGUUCGGCAAGUAGGUUUGUCUAUCUAUUUAAACCUACAUUUUCAGCGUAAUGUAGGUUUAAAUAGAUAGACUGAUGAAAUUUGGUUAAACUUGUAAAACUCUAAUAAACUAGUAGGAGCCACUGAAUGUUUUCAUUAAUCAAGGAAGAUAAACAACCCUGGGCCAUCUUGCAGUUUCACACCCAAAAUGCUUUUGGAAAACUCAGUCCAUAUCAUUGUAACACCUCUCCUACAGUACAAUAUCUCCCGUCUCGCCAGUCAUCACUGUACUUUGGAUGAAAACGGAACUAAAAAAUACUCAGUAAAACACUUAAAAUAACAGACACAAAUAAUUAUCUUUUAAUUCUGCUUUAGUUGGUAUCAAGAGCAGUCAUCAUUGUGAACUUCAUAAGCUGUCAACACAUUUUAUCUCCACUAAUUAACUAUUAUUGAAAUGGCAUUUGUAAGUAGAUUAAAGAAUGUGACAAUCAUUUCGAAACCUUCACAAUUAUAUUUCAGAGCAUUUUUAAAGAAAUAAAUAAAUGUAAGCCUCACUAAAACAAAACUUGAGCCACCUUAGGGUUGAUGUCACUUUACAAGUCUUGUACCUUACAGGAACACUAUGAGCAGUCUAAUUCCUUGUUGCCAACAAAGACCACUAUGUCCACUAUCAGCAAAAGAGAGUAAAACAUUCCUAUGUGACUUUUUUAUUUCUUUUUAUUUCUUUUGCAGUGUAUUUAAGUCCUAUAUAAAGUUUUUCCUGUUUUGAAUAGUGUACAUGAAUUAGACCUGGGGAUUUUUGUUCCAAGUUUAUUUGAAAUGAUUAUUGAUUACAUCUGUAAUCUAAAGUUGUUUGAUACAAUAAAACGUUUAAAUUGG